CAAUAACAAGAAGAAGAAAAGAUUGAAAUUAGAACAAUCUCAGGAUUCGUCGCUAUCCCAAGACCAAAACCAACAAAAAACACGAAAAACGUGAAGAUACAGGUCCUCGUCUCCUUUAUCCAAAACCUUUUUGAUUUCCCCAGAAAAAUUGAGUAACAAAACUCUUCUUCAUCUGGGUUAAAGCCAACAAGCUGCAGACCCCAUAAUGUCUCUCUCUCUCUCUCUCUCUCUCUCUCUCUCUCUCUCUCUCUCUCUCUAAUCAUCUCUCGCUCGCUGUCUCUCUUGCAUCUUAAGCAAAGGUGUAUUUAAUCCUACUAGUUUUGGGGAUCCACAAACAGAUCAUUAGAGAAGGCUGUUACAAGUGUGUUUUAUGACCACGUAACAGCGCACUUGGUAAUUUGAUGUGGCCUCUUUGUUUUCUGCUUAACAAGCUAUUAAGAGUUGAAGAGAGGAAUCAGGGGAGACUAGAAGGACAUGGAGAUUUGACUUCUCCGAAAUACUGCCAAUUCGAUGAUCCGUUGGUGAGUGAUGGAAAGUAUCGAGAUGCAGGGUUGCCAUCCUCGUCCCGCAUUGAGGUCCCUCAUGUACAUCAGUUAGCUUCAUGGGAUUGCGGUCUCGCUUGUGUUCUUAUGGUUCUCAGAGCAAUUGGCAUCGCAAGCUGCACUCUUGAGGAUUUGGCUGAGAUUUGCUCCACAAAUAGCAUUUGGACUGUAGAUCUCGCAUAUUUACUGCAGAAGUUCUGUGUGGAAUUUUCCUAUUACACGAUAACAUUUGGAGCAAACCCGAAUUAUUCCAUUGAGGAGUUUUACAAGGAGCAGCUCCCUGAAGAUCUGGUGCGUGUGGAUUUGCUCUUCAGGAAAGCACAUGAAUCUGGCAUUAUUAUACAGUGCAGAACAGUUAGUAUCCAUGAGAUAUCUUGUUUGCUAUUGUCCGGGAACUAUAUUGCCAUUGCGUUAGUCGACCAGGACAAGCUAAGCAAGUCUUGGUUGGAGGAAGUGAUUGUCGCUGGUCUUCACUCCAGCAACUCCUGCUACACUGGUCACUAUAUCGUGAUAUGUGGCUAUGAUGCUGUUAGAGAUGAGUUCGAGAUCAGAGAUCCCGCCAGUUCCAAGAUACAUGAGAGGAUAUCAUCAAAAUGCCUGGAGAAUGCCCGGAAAUCGUUUGGUACAGAUGAAGAUCUUCUCCUGAUAAAUUUGGAGAAUAUAAGGAACCAGAAGGGAUAUUAGAAUAGUUGUCAUCAUCAUCAUCAAAUCAAUUCUGGAUCAGAAUGAAACCUGGAGUGUUUUCUCCCAAAAGGUGAAAAGUAUACGUCUAUACAUACGUCUUUACAUAUAUAAUGUCAGUAUAGGUUUGAAUUUAUCAGAUUCUUGUGUUUGCAGUUAUAAUCCUUUUUGUACAAAAUUGGUUUCAAGUGAAUGUGUAAAGAUUUGAUUGAU